GUAGGUCGCUGUCAGAGCACUGGAGCUUAUCAGGACACUGUUAGCGAGAUCUCGAGUAGAGGAAACCCAUCACAAACUUGUAGUUAAAGAUCGAUCCGAGCCUUGUUGCUAUUGUUUCGCGUCUGUUUUCACCAUGAAAGCCAUCAGUCCCGUCCGCUCGGUGAGGAGCUGCUACAAGGCCGUGUGCUGCAUUUCGGAGCAGAGUCUCGCCAUAAACCGGAAUAAACACUCGUGCCUGGAGGAGCCGGUGAGCGCCCUGUGCGACAUGAACGACUGCUACUCCAAGCUGAAGGAGCUGGUGCCGAGCAUCCCGCAAAACGAGUCCGUCAGCCAGGUGGAGAUCCUUCAACACGUUAUCGACUACAUCUUCGACCUGCAGAUCGCGUUGGAGGCGGAGGACACCGCCGAGCCGGAGAUGGUUUUGUCAAUAAAGACUGCGGACCUUACUCGCAAUUUCUCCAAAGAAGAAAGACGGUUGUGCCAUUAAGGAUGACUCUGACACAAUAUGGUGCAGGGAAACACAUGUCUCCACUUCACUCCGGGCAAGAGGACAAGAGGGGCAGAAAGGGUGGGAUAGGUAUUUGGAAGAGAAGAAGAAGAAGGAGGAGGAGGAGGGAGGUGGAGGGUUGAAAGAAAGAAAAGACAAGUUUAAAAAAAAAUGUGGACCAUUUCCUAGAUGAGUGGGGAUCAACAGUAGUGCAUGAGCAAGAACACAGAGACUCAUUCUUCUGGCCCCUGGACAGACAAAUCAACACACCAAAGCAGAAGCUGGGAUUGGAGGCUGAGAGUGACUGGCUUUAGGUGCCCUCCUUGGAAAAGAAACUGGGGUCUACCCUGUAGGUAGAAGUAGUAGAAAUAUUGGUACUUUUAUUCUAUUUUUCUUUUUGUGUGUUGCAUUCCAAACAGUUUUUUUUUUUUUUUUUUUAAAUCUUUUUUUUUUUUGGGUUAAACUCCACACCCAACCUGAAACCUUCCUACACCAAUUCUCACAUCAUCUCACUUAAUUAUCCUCCGCACCCUAAUCUGAUUUCUGAUGAUCUGGAGACUGUUACAGCUUCAUAAGAAUGUGUACAUAUCUGCUGUGGGUAUGUAAGGCGUGAGUCGGUUUGGACGUUGGUGGGUUUUUUUUCUGAAUGGGAGUUUGGGUUUUCGUAGGGAUAUUCAGAACUCUAUACUAGAGUUAAUUCUAAAUGUUUGUAGGGAUUGUGUUAUUUCUACAGACAAUGUGCUGUGAGUUUCAUAAACUCUUUAUUAUAAAGUGUGCUUUGUAUGUAUGUUCUUAUGUAAAGAAAUAAAAAGAAGAUGUGAA